CGUGCUUUCACCGCCACCAGCUCCUGACUCAACGGCAACUCCCAAAAAUAGCAGUGGGAAAGGAAGUUGAGCCUUGGAUAAUGUAAUGGCGAAAGUUUUACCAAUCACCCAGCAAAUAACGAGGGAAAACCGGGAGAAUGAAAAGCCACCUGUUAAUAUCCGCCUCGAAGACGUCGAGGAUUGCUUCAUUUACGACCGACGUGGAGUUGCCAGUCCGUUCAAGAAACUAUAUCAAGACAGGAAAUCAAUCAUAAUUUUCGUUCGGAAUUUCUUGUGCUACACCUGCAAAGAAUAUGUGGAGGAUCUGAGCAAAAUACCUAGGGAAGCAUUGGAGGAUGCUGGCAUCAGACUAGUUGUGAUUGGACAGUCUACACAUCAUCAUAUAGAGUCAUUCUGCUCACUGACAGGCUAUCCUUAUGAAAUAUACGUGGACCCAGAGCGAUGCAUUUACAAAAAGCUUGGCAUGAAAAGAGAGGAGAUAUUUACAGACUCCGCCAGCCCUAGUCCCCAUGUGAAGUCAGGUGUGUUGGUGGGCCAUAUGAAGAGCAUGUGGAGGGCUAUGACUAGUCGUGCUUUUGACUUCCAGGGCGACCCGCAUCAACAGGGUGGAUCCUUAAUUGUGGGACCAGGCUCUGAAGUCUAUUUUGCCCAUUUCGACAUGAACCGUCUGGACCACAUGCCCAUUAACUGGCUCCUGCAGCUUGCCGGAGUACAACAGACUCUGGACUUCAGUGAUAAGCCAAAGAUCAUCAUCGUGUAGCCAGCUGGUAGCCUGAAUGUGUGAUAGUCUGCCUCUGCUUUGCCCGGCAUCUCUGUUAGUACUAUCAUGCAAAAGGGAGACUCUGCUUGUUUAGCAAAACAUAAAUAUAGUGCACUGAGACAUUGGUAUUAUUAGGCACACAGAGGAGAGUGUGGAUGACAUUGUUGUCAGUUGCAGCUGUGGUAGCAUCCCGCUAUUUUGGAGGGCACUUUUCACCAGUUCUUGGCAACAUAGGGUAGAAAUAUGGCACUCGUAUUAGGCUCCAGCCUUGCCAAAGUCUUUCUAGAAACAGCUGUUAAAGCAUGACCAUGAUGUGUGUUUGUGUGUGUGUGUGCGUGUGUGUGUGUGUGUGUGUGUGUGUGUGUGUGUGUGGUAUGCACUGCACUGACAUUCUCAUAUGAAUCAUUAUGAACUUCCUGCCAUGGAAACCAACACUGUUCAUAGACUGUAGUCUUCUGUUCACACCACAAGCAUCUGCUGUUCACCCACUAAGAUGGCUGUGUGGCUGAUGUCACUGAACACUGUUAAUACUAAUAAUAAUGCGAGGUCUGAUGCCAGCGGCAGGCCUUGUGACAGAGGGGUCACUUAAACAGUCUUCCUUUUAUACUCACUUUCCUGAGAUUACAUAACUACUGUAAUUUAUGAUGUGUAUCCUCAGUGUUAAUUGCAUUGUAAAUA